UUGUCCAUGUGGGAACAGGCUCUGUAGAGGGUGGAGUAUACAGGUGGUGCUUCUCCGUGUGAAAAGAUGCUGGCCUGUGUUACGCUGAAAAGCUGCGUCUGUGUACAUGACAUGAGGAGAGAGCAACCACGUGUGCAGAUGGCAACAAAGCACUCCCACCGUUGGCAAUUAGAGAGGAUGUGCUGCCACUGUACUUUGGCACCAGGGACACAUAUUGCUUAUUUAAGCUCUUCACUCUCUCAUGCGUGCUCAGAACAGGUGGGUGAGGAGCAGAGUAGGUUAUGGGAGCAUCUCUUGCGAGCCUUACGGAGGGAAGGAUUUCAAAUCCUGCUCAGGUUUCCCAUUGCCCCAGGGCUUGGGUCUGAUGGCAAGAAACCUAAUGUUGGAGUGUUAGCAGCACUUGAAUGACUGAAACUUGGUUGCCCCAAAGUACUUCUGUGCCAAUGUUUCACAUUCGCAUGUGACUUUUCGAGUGAAAAUUUUGGAAAGGUGCUUGGUUUCUAAUUCAAAUAUCACCAGGGGCUUGUUAUGCCUCAUUCCUGCCCGUAAGUGCUGAAUGAUAACUGCAGAGAUUAAUGAAGUUCCAAGUUAAUAAUAGUGUGGAAAUGGAAAACAAACAAACAGAAGGAAAUCUGCACCAUCAGGCUAGGAAUUAUAGCAGUUGAUGUUCAACACAUCUGGAAGGCAUCAAGCUGGAGAAUACUAUUAUAGCUAAUCCUAUUAUUUGUCCCUGGCUGUACAGCAACUUGCAGUAGUGCUAGUUAAGUCCAUCUAUAGAUCUUUUAGUCCAAUCUGCCCAUCUCCAAACCUGAAAAACACUGAGUUCUUACAAAAUUGUCUUCUAUUGAUUGUUAAUGAAAAUGCAUCCCUGUUACCUGAAAUGUGGCAACACAGCAGUGUAGUUCUGCUCCCAACUGAAGAAAAGAUAAAAGGUGGGGGGGUUAAAUCUGUUUGCAUUAGUCUCAUGUUGUCUAGACCUGAUGUUCACAAGCUGUUUAAACAGGAUCUUAGCUGUGUGUGCUGAAAAGACAGCUGUGCAAUUCUUCCAUGCCUCUUGGAGGAGGAACAUUAACCCAUGGAAUAAGGCUUGGCUCCACUAAGUCAGCCCUGCCUGCCCACCAACAGCCAUGCCCCACCUCACUGUGUGCAACCGGCAGCUUAGCUGGACUCUGACACUGGUGCUAGGGUAUCUCUUUUACCUCCUCCUGGGGGCCAUGGUGUUCCAGCUGCUAGAAAAGCAGGCAGAAGCCCAGAGUCGAGACCAGUUCCAAAUGGAGAAGCUCAAGUUUCUGCAGAACUAUACGUGCCUGGAUCGGCAAGCUCUGGAGCAGUUUGUGCAGAUCAUUAUGGAAGCCUGGGAGAAAGGUGUCAACCCUGAAGGAAAUUCAACCAAUCCUAGCAAUUGGGACUUUAGCAAUAGUUUCUUCUUUGCCGGGACUGUGGUCACUACCAUAGGUUAUGGGAACUUGGCCCCCAGUACAGUGGCUGGACAGGUCUUCUGUGUAUUUUAUGCUUUGUUUGGGGUCCCUCUUAAUUUGGCAUUUCUCAAUCAGUUGGGGAAAGGACUCAGCGCACACCUGAUUGACCUGGACAGAUGGGUCCACAAGCCAGGGCGAGCUCAGGUGGUGCAGACAUUAACAAUGGUAUUAUUUCUGACGGCUGGGACUUUGCUGUUUCUGGUUUUUCCACCAAUGAUCUUCAGUUAUGUUGAAGGCUGGAGUUACGGAGAAGGCUUCUACUUUACCUUUAUUACCCUCAGCACCAUUGGAUUUGGAGAUUAUGUAGUAGGCACCGAUCCUAGCAAGCACUAUAUUUCAGUGUACCGAAGCUUGGCAGCAAUUUGGAUUGUCUUUGGCUUAGCCUGGCUUGCUCUGAUGUUCAACCUGGGAGCAGACCUAAUGGAGAAAUUCCUACAACUUAAUUGGCAAAAGCCAGAUCCAGAGACGGCAGAAGCAACGGUUUCCAAAGGAGAGGAUAAUCCUGAUCAACCCAGGAUCCAUAUUCCCAGCUGAGUGUACCUAGUGGAUAGGCAGCUUAGAAGAACUUCUGUGUGCAGUCAAAGUUAGUGGGUAUGAUAUACUGCCUUCUACCCACAAUGACUGAGUAAUUUCAUAAAGGAUAGAGGGACUUUUUUCCAAGAAGAAGUAAAACCUUUGUAUAAAAAGCAACUGAAUGAAAAGCAUGAAGGAAAAUGCACUGAGAGCAUAAUUACUACACAUUUUCCAUUCAACCAGUUAUCUCCCACUGAACUAAUUAUUAGCAGGCCUAUCAAUACAUCAGCUGGCUUAUGGGCCUCUGGGUUCCAGAAUAACUUUUUUUAAUAUUACUGGAAGAGAUCAGGGUUUGUUUUUUUUCUUCCAAGUGAGCCCAUCGUUUAUCUCCACUUCCUGAUUUCCCUUAAGCAAGUGUUAAACAGGUUUUUUGGCAGAAAAACGAACACAUGUUACUAAUUCCAUCUGUGAAGGAAAUUUCAAACAAUGCGUAGUUGCAAACUACUGGAUCUCAAUGACAAGAGCUUUUCUUCUCCUAUCCUUCUUCCAUUAUUAGACCAUGAAAAGAAAAGAAAAGAAAAGAAAAGAAAAGAAAAGAAAAGAAAAGAAAAGAAAAGAAAAGAAAAGAAAACCUUAAACUUAGUUUCCUCAGUAAUUCACUACAAAGGUUAGUAGACUCUGGUUAGUCCUUCCUCCAAGCUACUCAGUUCUCCUGAAAUCUACACUGGACCUUUGAACAUUCUCAGUGUUUUUUCCCUGAAUAUAUCCCAAGGCAGAGAUUUAAAUUCUCAGAGUCCAGAAUACCAAUUUCAAAAUGUAGAUUGGCCUUGGUGCUUACUCUGGGGGAGAAGGAAUACAAUGCAUGCAACUGGAAAUGUCCAAUUUAAAUGUUCACAUUAUUAUACUAAGCAGCUGAAGUGAUUGGAGGAAAAAUAGAAUUAAACUACAAUUUGUGCAUCAUCCAGAGCUGGGGUCCCAGGCAUUCUGCUGCUUAGUCAGGUAGGUGCCCCCUCUCUAUCCCAUGUACUGAUGCCAGCUGGACUAGCAGUUGAAUAUAAUACAAAUAUCCUCCACCACAUCAGAAGGAACAUGUCUAGUUCAGGCAGUCCAGAUCAGGUUGUGUGACAGAGCUCCAUCCACCACUGCCUCCUGGUAUCACCCACAUGAAACAGACAUUAAUAGUAAAGUGCCCUGUUUUUCCUUCUUGUGUUACAAAAGGGUUACAAGAGGGUUAGAACCAUCCUGAUAUGUUACAUUUUGAACUGCACCAUUAAGCAUCAUAGGAUCAUGCCAUAGCUACAAGUGUACAUUGCUGAAUAAGAAAGGAAGGUAAAAGCCGGAAGAAUGAGCUCACCUUGGUGGAUUUC